GGCCUAGAGGCCCAGGCAGCGCCACACAACAGUGGCAGUAUCGACAAACGUUCACACAACGUUUAGACGUAACAACUCUGUGUCACUUCAUUUCUUAUUUUAGUAACUAGAUCAUUUCAAACUUAAAUUUUCCCCGUUUUAGUUGUUUAAGUGUUAAGUGUAUUUUAUGAUGUUUUAAUAACACGAAGUGCGGCACCCAUACAUGCAAUAUUAGGCAAUUACGUAAUGGGAAUUAUUAUGCUAGAGAAGUUUAAAGUUUUACCCUGAAAUUCAACAUGGCCGCUGACACAGGAAUGGAUACUUGCUCCAGUCCGGAGAUCACGGACUCCAGAAAGCGCCCGCUGGACGGGGACUCUGAGAAUGGCGACGUCAAAAGGUCGCACUUCAGCUCCGUGCAAGACCUGGUGACGGCCUUGCCUCUGGCCAACGGCCAUGGAAAUAUUACGUCUCAUUUCGCAGUGGAGCCGACAUACCACUUCAAGGUGCUGGUGCCGUCCAUGGUGGCCGGCGCCAUCAUCGGCAAGGGUGGCGAGACCAUCGCGCAGCUGCAGAAGGACACCGGCGCGAGGGUCAAGAUGAGCAAGUCCCACGACUUCUAUCCUGGUACGACGGAAAGGGCGUGCCUGAUCACCGGCUCCGUCGAGGGCAUCAUGGUGGUGCUCGACUUCAUCAUGGAGAAGAUCAAGGAGAAACCCGAGCUGGUCAAGCCCUUCCCCGAGGGAGUAGACACCAAGAUGCCCCAGGACAGAGAUAAACAGGUGAAGAUCCUCGUGCCCAACUCGACGGCGGGCAUGAUCAUCGGCAAGGGCGGCAACUACAUCAAGCAGAUCAAGGAGCAGAGCGGCAGCUACGUGCAGAUCUCGCAGAAGGCCAAGGAGCUGUCGUUACAAGAACGCUGCAUUACUGUUGUGGGCGAAAAAGACAACAACAAGAAGGCCUGCCUCAUGAUCCUCCAGAAAGUGGUGGACGACCCGCAGUCCGGGUCGUGUCCGAACGUGUCGUACGCGGACGUGGCGGGGCCCGUGGCCAACUACAACCCGACCGGGUCGCCGUACGCCGUGCCCACCGCCGAGGUGACCGAGAGCCACGCGCUGGGCGCAGGCGUAGUCGGUGGUUCCGUGCUGGUUAAUGGUUCUGGACUCGGAGCGCUCAGCCUCACGCUAUCGCUGGCACCGCCCGGCUCGCAGCAGCAGACACCUCUCACGCAACACACGCUGGACCACAUCAAGAUGGCGCUCCGGCAGUCCGGGUACUCGGACGCGGGCAUCUCGGAGAUCUCGGCGGCGCUGGCGCUGCUGGUGAAGCACGGCGUGCUCGGGCUGGCGCUGCCGGCCGCGCUGCCCGCCGCGCCGCUGUCCGCCGCCUUCUACCCGCUGCAGGCGCAGGACCAGCCCGUGUUCGGCCCGCUCUCGCAGGUCGGCCUAGGCGGCGGCCGCGGCGCGUCGUUAGAGCGUUUCGCGGAGGUAGCAUUCGAUGCGCUUCGGCCCCCAGCCGUGGCGCCCAUCUCGCUGUCGGCGCCGGUUGGCGCGGUGGCGCCGGUGCCCGGGUUCCCGGCCGCCAGCCUGCUCCCGCUCAGCAAGUCGCCCGCGCCCGCCGACCAGGGCGCCAAGGACUCCAAGAACGUCGAGAUCGCCGAGGUCAUCGUCGGCGCCAUCCUCGGUCCGGGCGGCCGCAGCCUGGUGGAGAUCCAGCAGAUGUCCGGCGCCAACAUCCAGAUCAGCAAGAAGGGCACGUUCGCGCCGGGCACGCGCAACCGCAUCGUCACCAUCAGCGGCUCCGCGUCCGCCAUCGGCAACGCGCAGUACCUCAUCGACCAGAAGAUCCAGGAGGAGGAGAUCAAGCGCACGCGCCACAACGCGCUCUCCGCCGCCUCCGUGUCCGCCGCCACCGCCGGCCUCAUGCAGUAGUCUAGUCUAGUCAUACACGUCGGGGCAGUGCGCAAGGCGACUGUCACCUUGCCGCUAACAAAUC